UGCCCGGUCGCGCCCCGUUUCUCCAGCCGGGCAACAGCCUCCAAGAGGCUUUUUCGUCGCGGCACCGGCUACCGGCGGGGCGAGAUGACGUCACAGCGGCGGGACGCACGCAGGCGGAACGGCGCUGCGCGGCGGCGAGUCUAUGACGACUUCAUGGGUUCAGCCAAAAAUGGGAUAAGUGAAUCUGUUGGUGUAGAGGACAAAUACAACGUGAUGGCUUCUUUCCAGCGCUCCAACAGUCACGACAAAGUCAGGAAAAUUGUAGCGGAGGAGGGACGCACCGCAAGGAACUUGAUUGCGUGGAGUGUGCCUCUGGAGAGCAAAGAGGAUGAUGGAAAACCGAAGUGGCAGGUGGGAGGAAAAUCAAAGAGGAUAAACCAAGGAACACACAAAAGCAGUAAACAGAGCACAGCGUCGGACUGCAAAAUCACACCAGCACCCGGGGAGAAGACUUUCUAUAAAAGCCCCACCAAGGCAAGGCAGCCACGGAAAGUCGACCUCCGAGCACGAUACUGGGCUUUCCUUUUCGACAAUCUGAGGCGUGCGGUGGAUGAAAUUUACGUCACGUGUGAAUCGGAUCAGAGCGUUGUAGAAUGCAAAGAGGUGUUGAUGAUGUUAGACAACUACGUGCGAGAUUUCAAAGCCUUGAUAGAUUGGAUUCAGUUGCAGGAGAAGUUGGAGAAGGCCGAUGCUCAAAGCAGGCCAACCUCACUAGCGUGGGAAGUAAAGAAGAUGUCCCCAGGGCGCCAUGUCAUUCCGAGCCCAUCAACCGACAGAAUCAGCGCAACAUCCAAUGCCCGGAGAAGUCUUAAUUUCGGAGCACCUCCUGCAACGGUUACUUCUAAUCGUCUGACUCCCUCUGGGGUCAGCUGGGCAGACAAAGUGAAAGCAAACCAUCCAGGAACAGCUCCCCAUUCAGAGGAGGUAGCCACGCAGGCCCACGUUCCAACUGCAGCACAGAAGCCAUCCCGCAGAAAUGGCAAGAGGGAUGCUGAAGGCUGGGAGACGGUCCAGCGUGGGAGGCCAGUGAGAUCCAAAUCUUCUGCUUUAGUCCCAAAAGCCACUUCGUCUGCAGAAUUAUUACGGUUUAAGGAUGACAGUGACAAAGAAAACUUAAUUCUUCAUCCACUGGUAAAUAAACAGAAGGGUUCGUUAGGUGGAGACUGCAUAUCCAAAAAUACAGAUCCCGUCCUGAAAGAUUCUUGCCAUCAGUGUGAACACCCGCUUGCUGAAAGGACUCAGUUCACAGCCCGUGUGUUUGAAGACAUCAGGGUCUCUGAGGAGAACAUUGGCUUGUCAGGUGGACCUUUGCAACCGUCUUCCGAAGUGCCGCUUGUUCUCAUAGAUGUUGAUUGCAACUCCAAGAGUCCAGCAGCGGAUGACACGACCUCCAUCGUUUCAAAAUGUGAUGAAGGGAGCGAAGCAGAAAAAACCAAGAGUGAAAGCGAAAUGGAUCCUGCCGAUAUUUCAAAUUCCAUGGCAGAGGUGCUUGCUAAAAAAGAGGAGUUAGCAGAUCGCUUGGAAAAAGCCAACGAAGAGGCCAUUGCGAGCGCCAUUGCAGAAGAAGAGCAGUUGACGAGAGAGAUUGAAGCAGAGGAGAACACCGACAUCAACCUAGAAACGGACAACGACAGUGACUUCUCUGCCAGCCUGGGCAGUGGGACUAUAUCUUUCUGCGGCAUUUCCAUGGACUGGAAUGAUGUCCUGGCAGAUUAUGAAGCUCGUGAAUCGUGGCGUCAAAAUAAUUCCUGGGGCGACAUAGUGGAAGAAGAACCAGCUCGCCCACCGGGCCAUGGGAUACACAUGCAUGAGAAGCUUUCUUCUCCUUCUCGCAAGAGGACAAUUGCAGAAUCGAAGAAAAAGCAUGAAGAGAAGCAGAUGAAGGCUCAACAGCUGAGGGAGAAGCUCCGUGAAGAGAAAACUCUAAAGCUUCAGAAAUUAAUGGAAAGGGAAAAAGAUGUGAAAAAAUGGAAAGAAGAAUUGUUGGAUCAGAGGCGAAGAAUGAUGGAGGAAAAAUUGCUCCACGCAGAGUUCAAACGCGAAGUGCAGUUGCAAGCAAUUGUCAAAAAAGCCCAAGAGGAGGAAGCUAAGGUGAAUGAAAUUGCAUUCAUAAACACUUUGGAAGCCCAGAAUAAGCGCCACGAUGUUUUGUCCAAGCUCAAAGAAUACGAACAAAGGCUGAGCGAAUUGCAGGAGGAGCGCCAGCGAAGGCAGGAAGAGAAGCAGGCCCGCGACGAAGCUGUCCAGGAACGGAAGAGAGCUUUGGAAGCUGAGCGUCAGGCCCGGGUAGAAGAGUUGCUAAUGAAGAGGAAAGAACAGGAAGCUCGGAUUGAGCAGCAGAGGCAGGAGAAGGAGAGAGCCCGGGAGGAUGCAGCUCGUGAACGGGCCAGAGAUCGGGAAGAGAGGCUCGCUGCCCUGACUGCAGCUCAGCAAGAAGCCAUGGAGGAGCUCCAGAAAAAGAUCCAGUUGAAGCACGACGAGAGCAUUCGGAGGCACAUGGAGCAGAUAGAGCAGAGGAAAGAAAAAGCUGCCGAAUUAAGCAGCGGGAGACACGCAAAUACAGACUACGCGCCUAAACUCACACCCUACGAGCGGAAGAAGCAGUGUUCGCUGUGCAACGUUUUGAUUUCCUCGGAGGUAUAUCUCUUCAGCCACAUCAAGGGGAAGAAGCAUCAACAAGCGGUGAGGGAAAACAGCAGCAUUCAAGGCCGAGAGCUCUCGGAUGAAGAAGUGGAGCACCUGUCAUUAAAAAAGUACAUUGUGGACAUUGUGAUAGAAAACUCAGUCCCCGUCGAGCCCUUAAAAGAUGGUGAAGAGAGGCAGAAAACAAAAAAGAAAGCCAAGAAGCUAAAGGCGCGGAUGAACUCAAGGGCAAAGGAGUAUGAAAAUGUAAUGGAAUCAAAAAAUGUCUCCUGUGAGUCUCCAUACAAAGCAAAACUACAACGACUGGUGAAAGAUUUGCUGAAGCAGCUUCAAAUUCAGGACGGUAACAAAAUCUCCACUCUGGAUAGGAUUUUGGGUGAGAUUUCACGAAUCCUGGAAAAAGAGAACGUGGCAGAUCAAGUUGCUUUCCACGUUGCUGGUGGCUUUUCCGCUCUGGAGCAAGUCCUUCAAGUUGCAACAACAUCCAUCAACUUGAACACCGUUUCAAGAAUCCCUUUGAAAUCACUCUGUAGUACGAUAAGCACUUACCACCUGGCCUGCAAUAACUGUGUGGAAAAUUGCACCUAUGUUCUGUUCAGCAACAAGAUUAUUUUUUUAACGGAUCUACUGAUGCACCAAUUAAUGGUAUAUGUCCCAGAUGAUCAUAAUGCUACCUCAGGAAGAGCAAUUAACAAACAAGUCAUUGAAGGUCUAAUUACUGGAGUGCUAAGAAUCUUGGCGGUGGUGUUUGGAUGUCUGAUGUCCAGUAUACCUAACAGUAAUAACCAGAUCUGUGCGCCAAAAUUGAUUCAAGAAAUGAAAAACAAGACAUCACAAGCUGAAACUUUUAACAAUAGGAUUCAAGAUCUUAUCAGCUACGUGGUGAAUAUCGGAUUAAUUGAAAAGCUGAGUUGCUGCUUCCUCUCAAUCCAAGGCCCAAUCGAUGAAACCCCCAAAACAGCUGCUUUCUUGCAGAACUCCACCGCAGCCUUGCAUGGAAUGUGCCAGCUGUGUUUCGCUGUCAACGGCAGGUCAGGAAGCAUCUUCGCUGACACCCGUCAGGAUCCCACGGGGCUGACGGCAGCGUUCGAGGCCACGGAUCUGGUGGGCGUCUUGCACAUGCUGUACUGCAUUCUCUUCCACGGCGCCCUCGUAGACCUGAGCACGGCCAGCCCCAAGGAGAGUUUCACGGCCAGCACCAUCCAAGUGGCUCUCCAGAGCGUACGCUUCUUCAACAGUUUUGCUCUGCUUGACCUCUCGGCUUUUCAGUCCGUGGUUGGCGCCGAAGGACUCUCCCUCGCAUUCCGGCACAUCAUCAGCUCCUUGCUAUGGCACUGUUCCUGCCACACCUGUGAGGUGCUGCUCCACGAAGUCAUUGUGUGCGUGGGCUACUUCACUGUCAACCAUCCAGAUAACCAGAUAAUUGUGCAGUCCGGCCGCCACCCCACCGUACUCCAAAAGCUGUGUCAGCUGCCUUUCCAGUAUUUCAGCGACCCUCGUCUCAUCAAAGUCCUCUUUCCGACACUAAUUGCUGCUUGUUACAAUAACCCACAGAACAAGAUAAUUCUGGAGCAAGAAAUGAGUUGUGUGUUGUUGGCCACAUUCAUUCAGGAUUCUACGCAAGGCUCGAGCCAAACAGAUAACCAGCCUUCGCCACAAAGGGAAACGUUCCUUGGUUCUCAAGAUUACUUGGAGCUGUCGAACAGGUUCCCUCGGCAGACCUGGGAAGACGCCCGGCAGUUCUUCUUGAAGAAAGAGAAAAAAUAAUAAUUUAUUUUCUGUUUUUCGAAGAUUGCUUUUCCGUUGUUUAAGCAAUUCUGGUUGUCUUGAAGAGGACGUGCAGGGGGGUCUUCGAUACUGAAAGUGCAUAUACUGUAGAUAAAUAUACAUAGAGAGAGGUAUAUAUUUAAAAAUAUGUAAUUUGCACUACUUCUGUCUGAAGACUUGUACAUACUUUGAAAUCCGGUUUAAUCGUUUUGGAAAACAAAGGUUUCUUUUAUUAUUGGCGUAUCCUCUUUCUCCAAUCUGGCAUCCCCAGAUGGAUUUACAACUCCCGGCAUUUUCUAGCUAACAUGGGAGUUGUUGUUUGGCAUACAAGCUGAAUGGCAGAUUGAAGAAAGCGAGGGUGUACCGCAGGAGGAGGUCAAAAAAGUUAAGAUGGCAACCAGAACCACAUAAUCGAGGCCCUGACCCCUUUUAUACAUGUGUCUGUGGCCACAUCUUGACUUUGAUGACCUUCUGCAGACACCCUUGCCACGGAUCCGUGUAUCCUGUUUCCCCAUAGAGUAGUAUAUUCGGCAUUGUAAUGCUGCUAAAACUAUCCUCUAAAUCAGCAGUUUUCAACCUUAGCAACUUUAAGAUGUGUCGAUUUCGACUCCCAGAAUUCCCCAGCCAGCGUGAUGGCUGGGGAAUUCU